UGUAAGGAAUCGCAUUUGAUGUGUGAGGUUAAUGUCUGAAUCAAUCAAGUAAGUGCACAUUAAUAUUCUGACGGAAAUUAACAAAAUUUUCCUUAUCAUAUGAUGCAGAGUAUUUGUUAAAUUUAUAUGUGCUAAAAAUUGCAUAUAAAUGGAGCACGAAGAAAACUGUCCGUGGCUCAAGAGUGAACAAAACAGCUCCCUGAUUCAUACCUUGCCUAAAAGCUGUCAAAAUAGAAAAUGCGCUAUUUGGAAUGAUUUAAAGGAGUGGUUUGGGUAUUUAGGCAAAAGCCUCUCACUUUUAGCCAUUCAAGAGAUUUACAGAGACGUAGCCCAUGAAGGCUCAGGGGUAUAUGAGAGAAUGGCAAUUGAGGGCGGAAAUAUCCUGAGAGAAGUAGUGGAGCUUCAGGCUAUGAGUGGUACUAAGGAAGAUUUAUACCUUAAAGGAGUGUCAAAACUCGUGUUUGGAAAGGCUACCGAAUCUUAUGUAAAAUUUGUAAAACAACUUCAACUGCAAAAAAUGUCUGACCUCGUGAAUGACACUAUGGCAUUGUGUAAUUUCGCGAGGUUAUACUUGGCAGGAGCUCAGACAUUAACUUCGCCAAGAUCAGUGGCAAAUUAUCUAAGAGUUUGUGUAGCAUUUUCAGUAAAUGAAAUUGCUGGACCAUCAAACCACUCACCUACCGCAGAAUGGAUCGUACCACUCAUUCAACACAUUUAUCACUCCAAAAGGUUCAGACAUUUGCAAUACAGCUGUGAUAAUCUACUCCUUACAAAUUUACACAUGUACAUGGGCUACACAUUUAAAGAACUGUUGCCGAGAAUUAAGGAAUGUUUUGAUAAUUUACAAAACACGCCGCAGGGAACUGAAACUCACGGAUUCGUCCUCCUAAACGCUUUUGCUCAGGAUUACUUUUUAAAACUCUAUAAAAUGUACUAUACUGACGAGACUAAGGCUGAUGAGUUUGCUAAAACUGAGGCUAACAAUUUUCUGAAUAGUAGGGCUAUUGAGCUUUUUUCCUGCGUUCACAUGAAGCUCCAUUUAACAUUUUUGAACGAAAAUCUAAACGUCUUGUUCCAAAGAUCACUCAGGGAUACAAGAACAAUUUUCAUUAAUCUCCUCGGAGCUUGCUGGUCCAUAUCGCAAAAGGAGUCCAGAAAACUAUGGCUUUCUAACCUCUUUCAAACCCUAAGACAGAUACAACUGAGUACAAUGGCAUACUUUUCUGGUACAACGUUGACAGCGGCUGAUUUGGAGUUAAUUGAGUUCACAGGCUCAAAUUUAGCCAGAGAUAAGUUUGAACUACUCCUAAACCCAAAGAACUUGAAACUCAAAGAUUCCAGAGGCGCAAUGUCACAAGAUUUCGAUCACGAUACGCCUCCCUACAAACCCUUUUCAUCACAAGUUAAAGAUGAAAAUGGUAAAGAAUUUAGGCGUAAGGAGGAAUUUGGUAAGGAUUCGAUGGGUGGAGAAUUGAUGAGUAAGGAGGCGUUGGUUAAGUUGGGAGGUAGUUUACUUGAGGCGUAUGGAUAUGUUCAAGAAUUCGUAGUAGAUAACGCCUACAAACUGAUUCAAAACAGCUGUUUUACACCCGUAAACACCAACUCCCAGGGAGAACAAAAAGGUGGUUUGAGGACGGAAAAUUCUCUACAACCUAGUGCUCUACCCGCAAAUGUGUUACCAGGAAAUAUGUUAUCAGGAAAUGUGUUACCCGGAAAUAUGUUAUCAGGAAAUGUGUUACCUGCAAAUGUGCUCCCGUUAAAUGUGAGAUAUGAGGAGGCGUCAGAUAUGGCGCAUAUAAAGAUUCCGCUGGGGAAAAUAGCAUCUGCUAACAAGUUAGAAUAUCGUACCUUAUUGAAGAAUAAGGAUAGGAAGCUGAUGGAACUGUCAAUUAAUAACUUUGACAGAGAGUUCCCCUCCUUUUGUGUCAAGGUUCCAACCAAAAAAUAA